UUCUUUCUUUUUCGACAUCGGGGCGAGAGAGACAAGAUGGGACACCAACAAAUCUACUGGAGUCACCCAAGAAAAUUUGGACAGGGUUCCAGAUCCUGCCGCGUCUGCUCCAACAGACAUGGUCUGAUCCGCAAGUACGGCCUUAAUAUGUGCCGCCAGUGUUUCCGUCAGUACGCAAACGACAUCGGCUUUGUCAAGCUUGAUUGAAUUGUACUGAGGAGCUGGACUGAUUGGAAGGACAGACACCCACAGACUGGGAAAGGACUACACACAUGGACUCGGUUACAUUGUAAAAUUUCAAAAUAAAUGUUUUGAAGUCUGAACCUA